AUGUCGUCUAAGAUUGAAAGAAUCUUUUCUGGACCCGCUUUAAAAAUCAACACUUAUUUGGAUAAGCUCCCAAAAAUUUACAAUGUUUUCUUCAUUGCUAGUAUAUCCACCAUUGCUGGUAUGAUGUUUGGUUUUGAUAUUUCCUCAAUGUCUGCCUUCAUUGGUGCCGAUCAUUAUAUGAGGUACUUUAAUUCUCCAGGAUCAGAUAUUCAAGGGUUUAUUACUUCUUCCAUGGCUUUAGGAUCAUUUUUCGGUUCGAUUGCUUCUUCAUUUGUUUCUGAACCUUUUGGUAGAAGAUUAUCAUUGUUAACCUGUGCCUUCUUCUGGAUGGUCGGUGCUGCUAUUCAAUCCUCAGUUCAGAAUCGUGCUCAAUUAAUCAUUGGUAGAAUUAUUUCUGGUGUUGGUGUUGGUUUUGGUUCUGCUGUUGCCCCAGUCUAUGGUGCCGAAUUGGCCCCAAGAAAAAUUAGAGGUCUUAUUGGUGGUAUGUUCCAAUUUUUUGUUACUUUAGGUAUCAUGAUCAUGUUUUACUUAUCCUUCGGAUUGGGCCACAUUAAUGGUGUCGCUUCAUUCAGAAUUGCUUGGGGACUUCAAAUUGUUCCUGGUCUUUGUUUAUUCUUGGGUUGUUUCUUUAUUCCAGAAUCUCCUCGUUGGUUGGCUAAACAAGGUCAAUGGGAAGCUGCUGAAGAAAUUGUUGCCAAGAUUCAAGCUCAUGGUGAUCGUGAAAACCCCGAUGUUUUGAUUGAAAUUUCCGAAAUCAAAGAUCAAUUAUUGUUAGAACAAUCAAGCAAGCAUAUUGGAUAUGCUACUUUGUUUACCAAAAAAUAUCUUUAUAGAACAUUUACUGCUAUUUUUGCACAAAUUUGGCAACAGUUGACUGGUAUGAACGUUAUGAUGUACUAUAUCGUUUAUAUUUUCCAAAUGGCAGGUUAUUCCGGUAACAGUAACUUGGUUGCUUCUUCUAUUCAAUAUGUUAUAAACACUUGUGUUACUGUACCUGCAUUGUAUUUUAUUGAUAAAGUGGGUAGAAGACCAUUAUUAAUUGGUGGUGCUACUAUGAUGAUGGCUUUCCAAUUCGGUCUUGCUGGUAUUUUGGGUCAAUACUCAAUUCCUUGGCCAGAUAGUGGUAAUGACUCAGUCAACAUUAGAAUUCCUGAUGACAGUAAAUCUGCCUCUAAAGGUGCCAUUGCUUGUUGUUACUUAUUCGUCGCUUCCUUUGCCUUUACUUGGGGGGUCGGUAUUUGGGUCUAUUGUGCUGAAAUCUGGGGUGACAACAGAGUUGCUCAACGUGGUAAUGCUGUUUCCACUGCUGCCAACUGGAUUUUGAAUUUCGCUAUUGCCAUGUAUACCCCAACUGGUUUCAAAAAUAUUAGCUGGAAAACAUAUAUCAUUUAUGGUGUCUUUUGUUUUGCUAUGGCUACUCAUGUCUACUUUGGAUUCCCGGAAACCAAGGGUAAAAGAUUGGAAGAAAUUGGUCAAAUGUGGGAAGAACAUGUUCCUGCUUGGAGAUCGAGAUCUUGGCAACCAACCGUUCCUAUUGCCUCCGACGCCGAAUUAGUAAGAAAAAUGGAAAUUGAACAUCAAGAAGACAAAUUGAUGAAUGAAGAUUCCAACUCUGAAUCUAGAGAAAACCAAGUCUAA